UCCCACACCACCACCGCAGCCAUGCCAACGCGGGCAACCGCAACGCACGACAAUCUGCGGCGCCUGCCGCCCCACGCGAAAGUGCAGAAGCGGCCGCUCAUGCGCCCCCCGAUAAACUCACCGUACACGAGCCGCGAAUCGCCCAAAGUCGUCUACCUCAGCACGCGCACGCCCUUCAUCGCCGCCGCCAAGCGCGUGCGCGACCUCCUCACACACGCCGAAAAACGCGCCACGCAGAGCGCCCUCUCGCAGAAGCGCCAGCAGCACCAGCGCGGCGAUCCCGUCAUGGCUGCCGCCCUGGCCACGAUGGAGCGCACGGACGAGCCCGAAGAGGUCGUUGUCAAGGCGACGGGCAGGAGCAUCGAGAAGGCUAUGGGGCUCGCGCUAUUCUUUCAGCAGCAGGACGAUUGUCGCGUCCAGAUUCGCACGGGCACGGCUGAUGCGAUUGACGAUAUUGUGGAGGGGCCGCGUCCGGUGAACGAGCUGGAAGUUAGUGAGGCUAAGGAAGGGGGUGUUGCGAAGAGUGAUGAUGAUGACGAGGAGCUCCCCGAAACCCGAAUCAGACAUACGAGCGUGCUCGAGGUGGCUGUGACCUUGUGCUGAGACAACUAGGAAGGAAUCGUUGGCUCUUCCUUGAAUGGGACACCGCGCGAUAAGCAAUGGGCGCACGAAAUGGAGCGACUGUAUGGCAGACCAAAUGGCCGGUCUGGUGCACUGCAAAGUGUACUAAAAAAGGUCGUGGAAGCAUGCUGAUUCUAUCUAUUUGGUCUUCACCGAAGAAAGCAACUGUCUAUAAAGCAAUGGUUCCUUGCUAUAGUCGGACGGCCGCCCACCUGGGGCAUAACCCGCGCGCCGUCAGCAACGGACGCUUUGUUGGUAGGACAUUCCGUGGGGUUCUCAUUUAGCCCGUCGUGCCCGCUUACCAUCAGUUUAGUCAUCGCCAGAGCUCAACGGCGUCUGCGAUGUCUUUCUCAUAUGCGGAUACAUGUAUAAGGUCCGCGUCCUUUAAAGUUAGUAGUCCUGCCUUUGAAAGCAAGUGUUCGUAGCAAAUGUAGCGCGC